AUGGGUUCGCAGAAGAAGAUGAUCAGCAAAGGGAGGAAAAGCAUAGGCCGACAAAGGAUAGAAAUCAAGCAACUUGAAGAGGAGAGCAAAAAACAGGUGACCUUCUCAAAGCGCCGCGCCGGACUCUUCAAGAAAGCUGCCGAGCUUUGCAUAUUGUGUGGCGCCGAAGUUGCCGUCAUUGCCUACUCCACGCAUGGCAACGUCUUCUGCUUCGGCCACCCCGACGUCGGAGCCGUUGUUGACCGCUAUCUCACGGGGAACUUGUGUCACUCAUCCGAGAGCCUUGAUGAGGUGCCUGUGGAUGAUUUCAACAGGCAACACGCAGAGGCGGAGAAGGAGUUGGAAAUGGAGAAGAAGCGUCUGAAGGAGAUUGAGAGGCAGGCGAAGGAGAAGGUGGAAAACAAUGGUGGUUUCUGGUGGGAGGAGGCGGUGGAUGAGGAUAUGGGGUUGGAGGAGAUGGAGCAGUACCUCAGGGCUUUGCAAGAGGUACGCCAGAAAGUGGCUGCCAGGGUGGAAGAGUUUAGGAUGAUGAGAGCGUCUUCUCUGCUGUCGCCAGUGGAUAUGGCGGCCGGAGGUGUAGAAAAUUAUUUUGGUUCGGGAAAUGAUUUUGUCAUCCAGGAUUGGGAAGGUGGCAAUGGAGGUAGUGGGUUUGUUGGGUCUCAUGGUUUUGGUUAUGGUUUUGGACAUGGGCAGAUCUGA